UUAAUGCUGAUUUCAUUUGGAAACACAGAGCGCUGCAUUCAUUUCCAAAAUAUUUCAAACAAAAAUCAUUUCUCAAGCCUGAUACUUAAUCUGGAACCAAAGUUCUGUAUGCAGAGAAUUACAGCAGAUUCAGCAAUAGAGUCCACAGCAUUUCAAGGUGCUGCCUGCUGCAGAACAACAGAGUUCCUCUGUGUGAUGGUUAGGUCAGAGAGUUAAACCCUUUUUCUAGCACACAGACAUCUUCUGGUCUGGGAUUGGCCAUCCCUUACGUAAUGCACUGUAAAUGAUUUAUUGAUCUGUGAAUGUGGUAGACCCUCCGCAUCAGCGCCCAGGCAGAAUCAAUCCAGUGUCGGUGAUGUCAUCUCUCUGUGGACCUGGUGUGGGAUGGGGCUCUUGCACUGUGUGUCAGAGAUCCACAGAGCAGGCAGCCCAAAUGCAGCACCUGCCAUUUCUCUGGAUCAGCAGGGCUCAGCAGCACUCGCAUGUUUACUCACGCGGAUUGCAUUCUCAAGAGCUUUUAAAGGGGGAAACAGCAUCUUUAAUUAAUUUCAUUUAGGAAAUAGGAGUCGCCAUGCUUUGAAUCCACAGCCUUUUCUCUUUUCCACUUGUCCAUAAUGUCUGUCUCUACAGAGGAUGCCCAAUCCAAUCACACUCCAUUAAUUAGACAGCCAUGUGGACUUCACUGGAGCUCUGAUGUUCCUCAAUUACAGUCUUGGGCGGUGUGCUGUUGACAGGCACAUCCUAAAUUAAAUCUAUUUAUUCUUUUUCCCAUGCAAGUGGAAUAUAAAUCUACAGCAGUUUACUGUAUUCAGCUGCAUUACACAGUUAAUCUGGGCAGCCAAGAUUGUGAAGACAGUAAAGUAACUGGUUUCUUGAAAUGAGACCACACGCUUUAGGAAUGGAGGACCCUGGCACAAGACUUGAACCUCUCAAAUUAGCUUCCUUAACCAAAGAAAUUCUGUUGCACUUAUAAAUAAAAAAAACACGCUGUCUGCUAUAAAGAGCAUGGAUCUCUCGUGUUGAUAUUUAGUAAGCAGACGGAGUGCCCCUUUUUACACUAACUGUGCAAAGUUUCUAGAGGCUGAUUUGAAACUUAAACUAUCUGUCAGCCACGUCUGUUUCCCUUGCGGCAUAUACAUUUAUACAGACUGAGGCCCCAGUUGGUUUCAGUUGGCUGCUACAAAACCAUUUGAAAUGGACGUGGAGGAUAUCAGCCCGGCGUUGGAGGUCACUGAAGACUUCCUCCACUGUUUUGACUGCCCUGUAGAGAACGGACAGCAGCAGCAGCAGCAGCAUGAGAAUUACAGCAUACAGGAGGUGCCUGAGCUCGCUGGGCAGAAGGGCUUCAUGAGCAAGGCUGGGAAGACUCACGCAGUCGAGCUCCGAAACAGUUCCCUCCAGAGCAACGGCGGCACUUUCUGGGGCUUGCUGAGCAAGGAGCAGCUGAAUAAGGGCUGCGAUGCAGCCGCCAACAACCUGGAGUGGGCAGAGAAGAAAGAGGUGCCCUCCUUCAACAUCUUCAGCAUGUGUCAGGGCAGAAGGAGCAGGAGCAGGGCCCGUUCCACCAACGACCUGGCCAGCCAGGCCAAAGAAUCGGCAGCCUUCACACGUGGGCACAACCGCUCAAGGUCCGACGCAAAUUACAAGUCUGUCCCUGAUAACGGAGUCCCCUCCCUGGAGAGGAAUCUGGCUGCCGUCAGUGACCUGCAAAGGAAAGAAGCUUUUCCAAACAUUGUGAAGAAGGGAUACCUGGAGCAAAGGGAAGGUGUGGGCAGCCGCUGGAGCAGCUGUUACAUCGAGCUGUCCCCAUGUGAGCUGCGCAUCUAUAGCCUGGACAGCAGCGGGAACCAGCAGCUCUGCACCGCGUACUCCCUGUCCCACUGCCACAGCGUCGUGGCCACCAACAACCAGGAUGCCAAAAUAGUGGACGCCGUCUUCUUCAACAAUACCCGGCUCCAGCUUCGAGCCCAGUCCCAGUGGGAAGCUCUCGACUGGGAGCAGAGGCUUUUGGAACGAAUCUCAGCAGUGCGGCCAGCUCCACAGGAGGAUAAACCCACCACCCAGGCUCCCCGGCAGCUCAGCAGGCCCACGGCCCUACCCCUGUUCACACAGCACUGCCAGGAUGUCUUGAAGACCGGGGUGCUGUAUCAGCUGACGAACCAGAACAACUGGCAGGCCUUCACCUUUGUGCUGAGUAAGAGCCACCUUGUGGCCUUCCCCACGGAGGGGAGAGGGCCUGUGUCAGACCCCCUCUUCCGUUAUAACAUUGGGACCUGCGUGGCGGUGCAGCGGGACGUGAGCGGUGGCUGCGUCUCCCGGUUCCAGGUCAUCUUCCCUGAGGAGGGGCUGUGUCUCCGAGCGGAGAGCGAGAACAAGACCCUGGACUGGGCAGAAGCCAUCAGAGUGGCUGCAGCGUUGCAGAAGGCUUCUGGGCAGCCCUCUCAUGUCACCCUCCGGGGGAAGCCUGCCAAGAACCCACAGAGGAGCAAGAGGCAGUCUGUGACCACCAGCUUCCUAGGCAUCCUCACCACCCUCGCUGUGGAGAAGGGACUCACAGCCCAGAGCUUCAGGUGUGCAGGUUGCCAGAGACCCGUGGGGCUCUCUCGUGGAAGAGCCAAGGUGUGUUGCUACAGCGGCUUGUAUUACUGUCAGAGCUGCCACGAAGACGACGUCUUUCUCAUCCCUGCCAGGCUCGUCCACAACUGGGACACCAGAAAGCACAAGGUGUCCAAGCAGGCCAAGGAGUUCCUGGAGUUUGUGUUGGAGGAGCCCCUGAUCGAUAUCCAGCUGCAGAACCCCUGCCUGUAUGCUCACGUGGACUCGCUGGCGGCUGCCCUGCGCCUCAGACAGCAGCUCAAGUCCCUCCGAGCGUACCUGUUCAGCUGCAGGGCUGGCGUGGCUGAGGACCUUCGAAGGAGGAUUUUCCCUAGAGAAUACCUUCUUCAGCACAUCCACCUGUACUCUCUGUCUGAUCUGCAGCAGGUUAUCGAAGGCAAGCUGUCUCCUUUCCUCUCGAAGGUUAUCAAGUUCGCCAGCUCCCACGUCUACAGCUGCAGUCUGUGCAGCCAGAAAGGGUUCAUCUGUGAGAUCUGCCAAAAUGGACAAGUCAUUUACCCCUUCCAGGACACAGCUACCAAGCGCUGUGAGGGCUGCGGAGCUGUCUUCCACGCCGAGUGCCGCUCAAAGGCUCAGCCCUGCCCCCGGUGUGUGCGCAGGGAAAUGCACAAGAAGCCCCGCUCCUUCUGGAGGAAGCUGAACCUGGACGAGAGCGCAGAGGACUCCUGGAACUUCUUCGAGAUGCCUUUCCAGAGUACCUGAGGAGAGGGCCCUGCGCGAGACGGGCCCCCGCAGCGAGCAAGCGAGCGACGGAGGGACCCGCCUCCAAGCCCCCAAUUCUACAAGGGAAUGUUAGGGAAUAUCAUGUUUGAAAUGUAGCUGUACAUUCCCGAACAGACAUGAAUCUAAAAAAUUCAAAGUGACCCAGAAUCACAGAAAAGGAAGCCAUUUUAGGUUAGCAGGAUACAUUCUUCUAUCAUUUAAGUGCUUUAUAGUUUCCACUGUGACAAAUGAGCAGAGUUUAAUAAAAGGAGUACUGCAAGUCUGACGCAGAGUGAACCUUCACUCUGAAAAGGUACAAUGCAGAAGAAUAACUGUCAGCAAUGUGUAACAUGACUACCAUGCUGGGUAGCUACCUUUGUAGACCUCUGGGAACAGCGAGUCAAAACCUGCUCAAAUUCACUAUUUUGUCACAUUGCUGAUGGUUUACUUCUAGAACAACCAAUAGCCAGUGCUGAAGCCCUGCCAGCCUUGUUAAUAAACAUGGCGUCUCUGUUAGCCUGGUCCCUAGUAGCAGCCUCCACAUGGAGUGAGAUACAUUGCCUUUCCUCCCCUUUGUGGGCCACCAUGUCCUGUACCCAAUACCAAACAUAAAAUGUUCUUGACCCAUAGUGUAUGUGGAGAGAAUCUUUGUGGUAUGGAACUUGUUUCAGGCCACUCCACGGUACACCAGGGGACAUGGGGUUUGAAACAGCAAAGUUGCCUCAUACUAGGCCUCCUGGUCUCCUAGAACCAGGUUUCAGGCCUUGAUUGGUAUUGCAUUGCACCACCAACAAUAUUCCUGUUUACUUUGUAUCCCUUUGCAAAGUGGCUCUGAAGUCUUUAACUGCUCUGCUUCGUGUCUGAUCUGCACAUAAACUCAAUUUCAGGAUGGCUUUGUGACAGCUCUUGGUAGUGGGUUUCCAUCGAACUUGAAACUGUGGUGGUGUUUGUUCUUUGAUUGGAUCUCAAGUAUGAGGAGGUGCAUUAGGGGAGGAGAGCUAGUGUGUGUUGAAUGGAAAUUGGUGCAGUAGUUGUAAAAAUGACAUAAGAGCAAACGGGUUGGGUGAUCGGCAAGAUUACAUUAUCACUCGACAGCGGUAAAACUAACUCCUCCUCCACAGGGAAAUGUAUGUGUAAGAAAUGAACAGCAGUGUGCUCUAACAAAUGAACAGCAGUGUGCUCUAGCAAAUGGACAGCAGUGUGCUCUAGCAAAUGGACAGCAGUGUGCUCUAGCAAAUGAACAGCAGUGUGCUCUAGCAAAUGAACAGCAGUGUCCUCUAGCAGUUUCACCUCCUCACUGGAGCCAUAAAGGCAGGAGCAAUGCAAAUAGGUUAACUUUGUCUGUACCUGGCAAACCUCGAUGUAAAACAACCCGGUCAACAGGCAGUCCUCACCAGAACAGAUAUGUUGUAUUAUAAUAGAGAUUAAAAGAUAUAAAAGAUUUUUUGAAUUACUUGAAAACUGAGGCAAUAAUGAACUGCAUUACGUUUACAGUAUAUUUUAUGCUUUGAAAGUGUGGCUUUUUUGUUAAUUUUGACAACAAAGUGUUAACUUUUCCCUAUGCAACCAGAUUGUCCUUGCUUGUGUUCAUUAACCCAGGAGUCUGAUUCGUACAGGUGCCUUUCCAGCACUCCAGGUCUGCUUUUUUCCCUUGUUUUGUUUGAAAAUUGAAAAAAUGAAAAUUGUCUCGUGUGAAUAACCUUUCUCUUCCUUUACUUCCAUGUUUGACCAACAGGACAGGCUAUUAUUUUAAAUUGACUAUUAAAUUGCCAUUAUGUGAUGAGACGCCAGUGAUGGAAAUAAGACUCUAGCAAUGUGAUCCAUUCCUGGUUUUACUAUGAGUUUAAUAAGACACACCUGAGCUUGUUACCUAUACACUGUGGUUAAUCAAGCUUGUAUUAAAACCUGCAAUGGGUGAAACUGCUUUGCAAUAGGGGGUCUUAUUUCCAUCACUGGAAACUUGUAUUGUUUUGUCUGUUUGUGAUUCUUUCAUGUUACUGUUCUGUUGCCACUAAAAGUUACUAUUAAUCAAAGCUUACUACUCAGAGGUUAAGGAUCUGUUGUAAACCAUUAAUAAUGCAUCCAUAAAUGUAUUCUAGAGCAGUGCUUCCCAACACUGGUCCUGGGACCCCCUGUGGCUGCUGAUUUUCAUUCCAACUGAGCUCUCUGUUACUUAACAAGACCCUUAAUUGAACUGAUCAUUUGCUUAAUUAGACCUUUUAAAAUGUUUUCAGCUGUUAAACAUUUGCAGAGUUCAAGUAAAAUGUUAUAGCUAACUUGAAUUCUGCAAUUGUUUAAGAGCUGAAAACAAUUAAAAAGGCCUAAUUAAGCAAAUCAUUAGUUCAAUUAAGGUUAAGUAAUUGAGAGCUCAGUUGGAAUGAAAACCAGCAGACACAGUGUUGAGAACCCCUGCUCUAGAGGAUACGCAACAUCAUUAGACGCUUGUGUUUUAGAGCUGCACAAACCCAUUAUUCAGAUUGCACUCUCCACAGAGGAGGGUCAUUGGUGUUGACUGGGCUAAUUUACCAUUCCAAGUUAAACAAGUGGGUUGCUGUUCUUCACAGUUUAAGAAAAGCAGCCGUCAUCACAAACCCAAGCAGCUGAUUGCUGCUGUUCUGAAGAGAGCAGCCGUCAUCACAAACCCAAGCAGCUGAUUGCUGCUGUUCUGAAGAGAGCAGCCGUCAUCACAAACCCAAGCAGCUGAUUGCUGCUGUUCUGAAGAGAGCAGCCGUCAUCACAAACCCAAGCAGCUGAUUGCUGCUGUUCUGAAGAGAGCAGCCGUCAUCACAAACCCAAGCAGCUGAUUGCUGCUGUUCUAAAGAGAGCAGCCGUCAUCACAAACCCAAGCAGCUGAUUGCUGCUGUUCUGAAGAGAGCAGCCGUCAUCACAAACCCAAGCAGCUGAUUGCUGCUGUUCUGAAGAGAGCAGCCGUCAUCACAAACCCAAGCAGCUGAUUGCUGCUGUUCUGAAGAGAGCAGCCGUCAUCACAAACCCAAGCAGCUGAUUGCUGCUGUUCUGAAGAGAGCAGCCGUCAUCACAAACCCAAGCAGCUGAUUGCUGCUGUUCUGAAGAGAGCAGCCGUCAUCACAAACCCAAGCAGCUGAUUGCUGCUGUUCUGAAGAGAGCAGCCGUCAUCACAAACCCAAGCAGCUGAUUGCUGCUGUUCUGAAGAGAGCAGCCGUCAUCACAAACCCAAGCAGCUGAUUGCUGCUGUUCUGAAGAGAGCAGCCGUCAUCACAAACCCAAGCAGCUGCUUCGUCACCUGAAUGGUAAAUUAGCUGGAUCGACACCAAUGUUCCUCAGCUGUGGGGAGCCCGAUCUGGACAAUCGAAUCAUUGUUUCGUGCAGCACUGAUGUGUUUAUUACCAGAUUGUUAGACCUGGGUUGAUUUUAGUGAUCCGUAAUUGAACAUUUUGAGUGGUUUCACCCUGGUUUUGUAACAUUGCCUUUUUGUUUUUGUUUCAUAAAAACGGUGCAAAUUGCACGUGGAGUAAACAAGAGACUAUUGUACAGUAAGAAAGGGGAAGCGGGUCACUGGUUUCAAUAAGUGUCAUAAAGCAAGCUGUAAUACAAUAAUGAGGGUUCUUACUGUAAAUCACAGGUACUAAAACUGCUUUCAUUGCUUAAAAAGAUUACGUGCACUAAGAGGCGACACGUUUUGUUGUGGAUAAAUAAUCUGUAAAUAAUGCUGGGGGGUGGGGUGAGUUACGUUUCUACAAAAGCCAGCGAUUUUCUUAUUUUAGCUAGGUGUGCUCUUACUAUUUAGCAAUACUUUGCCCUUCUGCCUUUGCCUUUUUGAUGUGAAAUACCUGUUUUACUGACUGGGAACAAGAGGGUUCAGUUCAGCUGGUGUUUGCUUUUUGUGGUGGCCUAACGAGUAUGAUUGCCUACAGCAGAAAGCCCAGAGAACGAUCUUUCCUUCUGUUCCACAGAGAGGUAUAAACAUUCCUCUCAAUUCAUCCGGAUGGAGGGAGCCAGUCUCCUGUCAAACGACAGAAUGUUGCAGGGGUUGGUUGGGAGGUAUUGCUGAUCAACAUUUUGACACUGUUUCUAAAGGGUCACAUGGAGGGCUCUGCAAGAGGGGUGUGAGGUUAGUAAGUUAGCUAGCUAGUUAGUUAGUUAGAGAACACAGCAUUUAAAUGAAUAAACCUGUGCCAAUAUGAGUAUGUAAUGACAGGCCAAGGAGUCUUUCUAAAGCUGAGGGAACACAAAGCCACUUUGUGACUUAGAACUUAGUUUUAGGAGACUAGGUUUCACGCCACUGCUUGGCACACCAGGGGAGACUUGGGGUUUGAUACAGCAAACCUACCUCAGGCUAGGUCCCCCGGUCUCCUAGAACCAGGUUUCAAGCCACUGAUCCUGAAAAAGUGGCAUUGUGUUCCCUCAGCUUUAGACAAUGUCCUUAGACCCUGGGCUUAUUUGAACAUCGCUGCAAAACCAGGCGUGGCCCAUCGCUCCUUCUGAAUACUUUGGCACCUCUGAAGGUAGAACAGUACAGGAUUCUAUGGUGAAGUAAAACAAGUUUACAUUGUGAAUAAGGAAUAUAGUCAAGUACCUGUUUCCCGUGUUUACUGUUCGAAGGUAGGAAUAGCAGGGACUCUUCCACAGCUGACUCUUUUCAUGCAUGUUAACGAGUGGUAGCUAGAAUCAGGAUUAGUGUAGUGGAAGUUUAACCAGGAUCACUUAGAAAGAAAGGAUUUUCAGGGAUUAAUAACAUUAGUGUCAAUGUCUACAGUAGGAUGUGACGUUGCAGAGUCGAGGUAAAGGAUUUAACACACAAGGCCAAGGUGUUUAAAAAGGGACAUUUCAAAGACAUUAACUUCUACACGGUGGUAUCAGCUAAACUAAUAAGAGUACCACCAACUCUAAAUAAUGAGUUCAUUUUGUGAUCUUGUGAAGGCAUGUAAAUAUAAGCAGACCAUUGCAUUCAUUUUAAUAUUUCAUAUUUAUUUAGUUUUAUUUUUGGCAGCUAUUCUAGCAAUGCUUUCCUCAUGUCUGUGUGAAUACGUGGCUUUGUGUUUUAUUAUUUGUUAACAAUGUGUAGCAGCUGCUCUCUUAUGCAAGUAACAGGACUGUGUUUAAAUCCCUUUCUAUGCCAAUGAUACAAAUAAAAAAAAUCAUGUUUAACACUAAA